GAACCACAGAGUUUCUAAACCCGAAACAGGAAGUAGGAAGUAGCAAAUAACUUUACAGCUGGCUAGCGAUCUAUACAGUGGAUGUGUUCAAAUAAUUUUUGGAUUGACCCCCAAAAAAAUAACGUUCUCGUCAGCUAGCCUGCGUCAUUGGAUCAGCCAUGGGAAAGGGUGGUGGUACAUUUGAGAGGCUUCUUGAUAAAGCAACCAGUCAGCUGCUGCUGGAGACAGACUGGGAGUCCAUCCUGCAGAUCUGUGAUCUCAUUCGUCAAGGAGACACACAGGCGAAGUAUGCCAUCGGAGCCAUUAAGAAGAAGCUGAUGGAUAAGAACCCACAUGUGGCCCUUUAUGGUCUUGAGGUGUUGGAGUCUGUAGUGAAGAACUGUGGUCAGACGGUCCAUGAUGAGGUGGCCUGUAAGACCACCAUGGAGGAGCUGAAGGAUCUACUGAAGACGGAGCCCAAUGUGAGGAAUAAGAUCCUUUACCUGAUCCAGGCCUGGGCCCACGCCUUCCGCAACGAGCCCAAAUACAAGGUGGUUCAGGACACGUACCAGAUCAUGAAGGUGGAGGGUCACGUGUUUCCAGAGUUCAAGGAGAGUGACGCUAUGUUUGCUGCAGAGAGAGCUCCAGAUUGGGUGGAUGCGGAGGAGUGUCAUCGCUGUCGGGUUCAGUUUGGAGUGAUGACUAGAAAGCACCACUGUAGAGCCUGUGGUCAGAUCUUCUGUGGGAAGUGUUCCUCCAAGUACUCCACCAUCCCCAAGUUUGGCAUCGAGAAGGAAGUGCGUGUGUGUGAGCCCUGCCACGAGCUGCUCAACAACCACCCUUCCCUCUCUCCCCCGCCUAGGAAAGCUGAAGGGGGUAAACCGGUCGGGACAUCCACGUCCGUGGCCCCAGGCCCGGCAGAGCUGCCCCCAGAGUACCUGACCAGCCCCCUGUCCCAGCAGUCUCAGGUAGUGGUCCAGGAAACAGUGCCCCCCAAACGGGACGAGGCGGCCCUGCAGGAGGAGGAGGAGCUUCAGCUGGCCAUCGCCCUAUCACAGAGCGAGGCUGAGGAGAAGGAGAGGAUGAGACAGAAGAACUCGUACGGGGUCUACCCCAAAGCUGACCCCGCCCCAGUCACCUCCUCAGCCCCGCCCGUCAACUCACUCUACUCCUCUCCUGUGAACUCCUCUGCUCCCUCAGCUGAAGAUGUCGACCCUGAGCUGGCUCGCUACCUGAACAGAACGUACUGGGAGAAGAAACAGGAAGAGGCACGCAAGAGUCCCACCCCCUCUGCCCCUGCCCCCGUACCAUUGGCUACUGAGCCCCUGCCAAUCAGCCAGCCCCAGCCAGUGGAAACGGUCGCACCACUCCCAGCACAAGUCGUCAUGGCCCCGCCUCCAGUCAACAUAGUGGAGCAGCAGUAUCAGAACGGUGAGUCGGAGGAGAACCACGAUGCGUUCCUGAAGGCUCUGCAGAACGCGGUCACCACCUUCCUGAACCGUAUGAAGAGUAACCACAUGCGUGGUCGCAGCAUCACCAACGACAGCGCCGUGCUCUCCCUCUUCCAGUCCAUCAACACCAUGCACCCCCAGCUACUGGACAUCCUCAAUCAGCUGGACGAGAAGAGACUGUACUACGAGGGUCUGCAGGACAAGCUGGCCCAGGUGCGUGAUGCGAGAGCCGCCCUGAACGCCCUACGAGACGAGCACAGAGAGAAGCUGCGUCGUGCUGCCGAGGAGGCGGAGAGACAGAGACAGAUCCAGCUGGCCCAGAAACUAGAGAUCAUGAGACAGAAGAAACAGGAGUACCUAGAGAUGCAGCGUCAGCUGGCCAUCCAGCGGCUCCAGGAGCAGGAGAAGGAGAGACAGAUGAGGCUGGAGCAACAGAAACACACCAUCCAGAUGAGAGCCCAGAUGCCUGCCUUCCCCAUGCCCUACCCACAGAUGCAGUCUUUACCCCCCAACGUGGCAGGAGGGGUGGUGUACGGGCAGCCGGGGGGACCCCCCAGUUACCCAGGCACCUUUAGCCCCUCAGGGUCAGUGGAGGGGUCGCCCAUGCACAACGUCUACAUGAACCAGCCUGGACCAGGACAGUACCAGGCCAUGCCUCCAGACCCCAACAUGUACAUGUACCAGCCUGCAGGAACCAAUGGACAGCCUGCACCCCCUGGCCAGGCCCCGCCCACUACUAGCCCCGCCUACUCUAACUACCAGCCCACACCCACACAGGGAUACCAGAACGUGGUGUCCCAGGCCCAGUCUCUGCCCCCCAUGUCCCAGCCUCCUCCCACUAACGGUAUGUCCUACGUGGCUAACCUACCACCCUACGCCAUGCAGAGUAUGAUGGCAGCCCUACCUGGGCAGGCCAACAUGCCCCCACAACAACCCUACAUGCAGGGCCCAGGACAACAGCCCAUGUACAACAGAUGGCUCCCCCUGGUGGCCCGCAGCAGCAGGUUCAGCAGCAGCAGCCUCCGCAGAUGA